AUGAGUGCGCAGACAACAUUCUCGCAGACACCUGCCUACCAGGGUCUAUCUGCUCAGGAGGUGGCUGCUGAAGAAGCGCUUGUCUACGAAGAAUUGAAGCGGACUAUUACUUUGCUGGAAACGGUGGUGAAGACCAACGCGAAAGAGAAGAUUCCGCGCAUCCUCCGCACCACAAGCAAACUGCGCAAAACGCUGUCGGUGGGACAGCUGCAGCGGGCCGUUGAGCAGCUGCUGCCAGCGCAGAAUGCGUCUAAGCACGUUCUACUCACGCUCUUGGCCAAGAUUGAGACUAAAGCUCAAGUUGAUGCUGCUGCUAAGGCUCGUGCCACGAAAGACGAGGAUGUGGAAAUGAUGGAUGCGUCGCCAGAGGUGGGGGAGACUACAAUUGCUACCCCUGCGCCUAUUGUGCUGCCUGUGAUGGAUCUGAUUGAAGUGGAGAUUUAUCUGUUUCUAUAUGUGCUGGCGGCGCUAGUUAAAUAUAAACUGGCACAGGAGGCUUUACAAACGGUAGACGAAGUAGUUUCUCGAUGUCAACAGUUCAACCGUCGCACGCUGGACGUGUUCCAAGCCAAGGUCUUGACGUACUACUCCAAUAUCCAUGAGCAAUUCGGUCACGAUCUGCCUGCUAUCCGCACCACGCUACUGGAGGCCCAUCGCACGUCGUGCUUACGCUACGACGAAGUUGGGCAGGCUACGACAAUUAACCUUCUGCUGCGCAAUUACCUACAGGAUAAUUUGUACGAACAGGCCUACAAGUUUGUGAGUAAGACGACAUUCCCCGAAACGGUGUCGAACAACCAGUUUGUUCGCUACCUGUACUACGUGGGCAAGAUGCAGGCGGUGCAGUUGGAGUACACCGAGUCGUAUACGAAGCUGAUGCAAUCCAUACGUAAAGCCCCGGCUAACACGGCAUUUGGCUUUCGACGCACAGUCUACAAGCUUGCAAUUAUCGUGCAGCUUCUUAUGGGUGAGGUUCCCGAACGUAACGUAUUCAACCAGGACAAACUCCGGAAGGCAUUGGCGCCGUAUCUACAACUUACCAAUGCUGUCCGCGUGGGUAACCUUGAGGAAUUCAAUGUGGUUUUGUCACAGCAUGGAGCAGUCUUCAAGGCUGAUAACACCUACACGCUAAUUCUUCGCUUGCGCCACAACGUCAUUAAGACAGGUCUGCGCAAAAUAAGCACGUCGUAUUCGCGGAUUCUGUUCAAGGACAUUUGCGAAAAGCUUGCACUGGAAAACGCGCAGACUGCUGAGUUUGUGUGUGCUAAGGCUAUCCGGGACGGAGUGAUUGACGCCGUAAUUGACCACGAGAAUGGCUGGCUGCAACUCAAGGAGACAGUAAACGUGUAUACCACCGACAAUCCGCAGACCGCCUUCCAGAGGCGUAUUACUUUUUGCCUAGACGUGCAUAACGAAGCCGUCAAGGCCAUGCGUUACCCGCCGGAUGCCUACAAGAAGGACUUGGAAAGUGCCGAGGAGCGCCUGGAGCGUGAGAUGCAGGAAGAGGAGCUUGCCAAGGAAAUUGAGGACGAGAUGGACGACGGACUUUAA